CACCAGCAUGACGUAAAAUCACUAAAAGUAAAAGUAACCAAACUGCUUAUUCUUUAUUCGUACUUGAAAAAUACAAAUGAAAACACAAUAGUAAAAUACGUAACUUCAAACAGCGUUUUUAUUAUUGGAGUGAAUUACAUUUCUUUGUUCGUAAAUCGUAUAAGCUUAAAUGAUCGUGUCCUUCCAUUAACAAAAUGGCUUCCGUCAGGGGUUGAGAAAACAACGGGAACCUAAAGUAAACAAUAAUCAAAGAAUUAAAAUUCUGUAGUGAAAAUGACUUCUACGACGGAUGAACGUUCAGUUUAUGCCAAAUUAGAAGCCGUCAAGGAAAUUCGAGCUAAAACAAUCCAACUCGAGAAGAUAAAAAACCGUCUUAUACUUGAAAUUGAGUCUCAAGACCAAGAGGAGAAAUGUCUGUCAGAGUACAAACAAGAAAUGGAAUUGUUGUUACAAGAAAAAAUGUCACAUGUGGAAGAAUUAAGGCAAAUACACGCCGAUAUAAAUGCUAUGGAAGGAGUGAUCAAGCAGUCAGAGGAGAGCAGGUCUAGGUCUUUAAAUUACGCUGUUAGACUACAUGAGGAUUAUGUCCCACUUAAGAAUGAAAUUGACCGAUUAAGAAGGGAAUGCUUAGGCUUAGACCCUCUCCCUGAGCUUCACGAAGAGGAAGGUUCCGCCAUAACACCAGAGCGAUUUUCGCAGCUUUACAAUUCAAACAAGAGCCAAUCACAAAGUUACAACAAAUCUAGUGACUGGACUAGACCAAUAGCUCCCAAUGAGAGCUCAACCAGCUCCUUGGCGCCGCCUCUACCACCAACAUUUUUACCACCCCCAAAUUCCCUACGUUUAGUGACAAACAAGCCAGAGCCGGGACGCCCUGGAGGUCUGGCGCCGUCGCCUCACACAGGACCCACACCUACAUUCAGGUCCGACAUUAAUCUGAGGCAACAACCGCCUCCAAUGAAGUCCUGUUUGAGUUGCCACCAACAAAUACACAGAAAUGCACCAAUUUGUCCGUUGUGUAAGGCAAAAUCCAGGUCUAGAAACCCUAAAAAACCAAAAAAGAAAGACCAUUGAAGAGGUUUAUCUGGGUUUAUUUUGUGUGUUGUAGCGAUAUGUAGCAGAGUAGGCGUAAUAAGUGGUUUUCAGUUUCUAAAUAACUGUUUUUGAUUACAAUAAAACAACUUUGUUGUGUAACAAUUUAAUUUACUUCCAAUGUAUUGUAUGCUUAAGUUUUAUAUAAAAAUAAAUGGAAUUUUAAUUGAAA